AUGGUCAAAACAUCGUAUGAAAUAUUACUCUUGGCUAAAAAGAAAAAGCCGUUUUCUGAUGGGGACAUUAUAAAACAGAGUUUGACAAUUUUUGCGCAGAACUGCAAUGAUCAAAAGGUUAAAGCCAUGGCAGAUAGUAUUUCACUUUCGCGCAACACAGUAAUGAGACGAGUAGAAGAAAUGUCAACAGACAUUAUCAGUCAAAUUACAGAGUUUGUCACUAAAUACAGAUAUUUUUCACUUGCAUUGGACGAAACCUGCGAUUUAACAGCAAACAUUCAGCUAGAAGUGACAGAUCUUCAAAAUCACACUGCUCUUAAACAAGUUUUCUCCCAAAACGUAUCUUCAGAGCAGCUAACAGAAAGUUUUGCAAAUUUUUGGAAAAAAGUUUCUAGUGAAGAUUUCCCAACAUUGCGCGACCUUGCUAUGCAAAUUUUAAGCAGCCAUAUUUUACAACCUCUGGAUGUGGGAGUGUUUCGGCCACUUAAAGCGGCAUGGAGAGCAGAGUUACAAAAUUAUAAAAUAAAACAUCCCAGCUUAGUACCCACAAAACAUGAUUUCUACAAAUUUCAAACACCGGUCUAUGAAAAAUGUUUCACACCAACCAAUAAUCGAGCAGGAUUUAGUAAAGCUGGAAUUUAUUCAUUAAAUAAAAAUGCUGUAUGCUCAGACGCUAUUGCACCUUCCAAGUUAUCCGAUCAACCUGUAAUUACUGGACAAGAUUCAAUGGAAGAAAUAACUAUCGGUAUUGACUACGAUGAUGAAAUUCCUCACUCUGGACUACACAAUGACCCUCUGUGUGACGGAGAAGUCAAAGAAAAUGACGACCCUUCGAUCUCAAGUACUAGUCUUUUUGAAAAAUCUCAAACACAGAAUGAUGAGCCUCUUGUAUUACAAAUGGAAUGCGAGUUAGAACCAAUUACCAAUACUGAACUAAACAUUUUAACCACCGACUACAUAUCAAGACCUCAAAACAAAAAUAAAAUUAUACAUGAUAUAUUAACAUUACCAAAGUGCCUUGGAUUUGAAAUGGCUCAUCGAAUGAGUGACAAUGCAAUAGCAUCUGCUCUUUCGGAAGAAAGUGACGACGAUUUGGACGAGCUCUUUUUACCUGGAAGCGAAGAUGAAUCGGAUCAUUUGAGUGUGCAGUCUGAAUGUGAAUGUGAAGAAGAAGAAGAAUAA